AAGAAAUGAAGAACCCUGCGGAUGCGGACGAUGAGGAGGAGGAUAGUGAGGAAUCUGAAACGGCAAGUGUGAGUAGUUUAAUAGGUUUAUACAGGGGGAAACAUGACUGAUUACGAAAAGGAUGACGAGAUGUACGAUGAGGACGAAGAUGCAGAUGAGGAAGAAGCAGAUCCUGAAGAAUAUGAAGAUAACUUGGAGGAUGAGGAAGAGGAUGAUGACAAAGACGAUGUUGAAGGAAACCGGGAGCGCGAACCACGAACAAUAUUCUUCAAAGGCGGAUCACGACUCCAUCUCGAAACCAGCGUCCCGGGUUCCUUCCCCGGCACGCUCACCGGAGUCGCGCAACUAAUGACGGGCACCGAAUGCGACUUUUCGUUCCACGAGCCACAGCUGUAUCUCACGCAGAACUACCACUAUGCGAAACACAUGGCGGACUACGCGCGGUGUCGAAUUGACCGGGUGAGGCAAAUCACCAUUGACAGCGGGCGCUUAAACGGACAUGACAUUUUUGGAUUUGCGAAUAUGCUUGGGACUGCGCGUGGGGCUGGGAUUCUGCACAUUGAGAUCCCGACGCGUUUCAUCAAGGACCGUAUCAAGGAUAUAAGAGGCACUCUGUGGCAAAAGUAUGUAUUCUUCUGCCGGAAGAGAUUCAGCGUGUUAGGAUCGUUUCCGGAACAGCUAUACGCGGCGCCAAUACUGCGUGGUCCAAUCUUGGCAGUGAAUAAUCAUGUGGCUCGAAGAUUCAGCUUCGAUCCGGAGAAUGUUGUCCCGUUUAGAAUGCGCAGAGCUGAGAAUCGAUGGGGCGUCAGAAGCAGCGGGAGGAGCGCGAGUACAAGAGGGGGAGAAGAAGGAGAGGAAUUGUUAAGAGUAGGAGAGUUUAUGCGACUAAGUAAUGAGAGUAGAAGGAGUAGAGAGAAUGGUGAUUUUAGUGAAAUGUGGCGGUUGAGUAAUCUUGCAGAUGCUAUGUUGGAUGAUGGGGGAAGUAUGACACAAGGAAACUAUGGCAGGCUGGAUGGAAUGGAGGGAGAUAUUGUUCUGCAGACGUCUUUUAAGAGAAAAAUGGCAUUGGAGAAUGAGAGACAUUGGGUAUUUAAAUAUGAAGGUUUGGAGGAAUAGGCAGGUUAGUAGUAGACUUGGAAAACAGUGUUUGGCACCUGGUUUGGAUCGAAGAAUUCGAAUUCUGAUACAGAUGAACACUUUUAUAGAGAUUAAGACGAAGAAAAGAAUAUUCUGAUUUGAUCAUAGACUCAUACUUGGAAUUGAAAUUUCUCAAGACCACGUUAGAGGGAACACUGGUUGCAAUUUAGUUACCCUUCUUUGCAUCUUCUGCAUCGUUUUUCGGUACGCCCACCAUCUUCGGCACAGUGACGGCGUUUAGGCUGCGGAAUAC